GUAGACGUGAACCAUCGAAUGACAGACUUUAUAGAAAUUUGAAAAAUAUUUAUUCUAUUAUUAAUAUUACAGAUUCAAUAUUUUUACAAUUUUUAAUAUUAUUUAGUAGUAACAAGAAACUAGACAAAAUAUAAGUGUUAAAUUAGGGCAAUAUUAGUGACUAUUGGGUUUGUUUAUUGGUUAACAUCCGCCAUUUUGUACCGUCGUUUGUUUAGUGACUGGUACUAUUUCUUAGAGAUGCUAUACAUUUUUCCAGCAAACGUAUAUUGAAUGUUCGCAUGUGGCGUACAAUGUUUUUGCUAGUAACGUUGCUUUCGGAGAUUUUAAAUUGAUCUCGUGCUGGUUGUCAAACUGACGUCGGUUGAACUCUACAUAUUGCCGGAUGUGUCCUAAAAUCGGUUAGGGCUGUAUUUUAACGUGCCACCUCGAGUGGUGUACGUGUUGUGAGACCUAUGCUGCCGAGAUUAUGAGUGGCAACGGCAACCAAGUGCCGCUGGCGCCAAGUCAGCGAGGACCCGGACCUUAUCCUAGGGCAUCAACACCACACAUAUUUGCAGGACCGGAAUGCUACCAUCAGACGGGGAGUGCUGGCAGCUCGUUUAUGUCGGGAACGGGGAAUUCCCAGAACUCCUCACAGAACAUGCGAGGACAGUCAGCUCCUCAGCCAUCGGCACCCCCAGCGCCCCAGCAAGAUAUGUCAAAAACAACUAUGCCUGGGCCGAGCUACGUGUCGCCGCAAAAUCAAACACAGUCGACACGGCCGCAGUAUCCUAACUUCUCCCAGUAUAGAGCAGCGCAGCACGGGAAUCGUCCGACUACACAUCCUAGACAACAACAACCAUACAUGGGAGGUUCAGGUGCCUCAACGACUGGUCCGGUUAUGUAUCAUCCGACAGUGGUAUUUCAACCAACGCCAAUGGGAAUCCCACAGACUUUUCAACAGCCAAGAUCUAACUCCACGGGGUAUUACCAGUAUAUGCCUUACAUAAGCUAUACUUCGCCCACGGGACCUCCAUUGUUUGACAUCGCAGACUACUAUCCGUCGAAUGGUCAGCAAUUGGCUGCCAACACUGUGGGCGGAGCUGGCGGGCGGCCGAGCGCUGGGUCGCUCGUGCAACAGCCGGCAGCGCAGGCCGCGCCGGGGCCACUCCCGCACGCGCCGAACGCAGCGCACAUACAUCCCGGCAUGCCGGGUAUACGUCCCAGCCCUCCAAAGCGAACUUCUCGCAGGCUACCGAUAAUUAACCCUUUAACUAAGCAAGAUAUAUUCUCUGAACUAUAUACUAAUGAUAGUCAAUAUUUGAGUGGUGAAUCCAGUGAAGGGCAAAAUCUCCCGCCGGAGCCGACACAUAGUUUUGCCGAAGAGUUUGGGAGAAUGGUUAAUGAAGCGGCUAACCAGCCGUCAGCGAGUGAGAAUGCUUGUAAAUUGAACUUUGUUACUAAAACAGUCGAAGUGCCUGUUACAACUGCAAGCCUUAUACAACCUCAUAUAAAUGCAAUAAAUAAUGUGAAUAUAGUAAAGUCUGAAAUAUUAAAUGUUAAUGAAAAUAAGAUUGUAGAAAACGAAAUCAUAGAGUUCAACGAAACGCCGGUAGUUUCGGCCAUAUCGGAUAGUCCUGUAGUAGUGCCUAAAAUAUCUAUGAAUGUUAAACAAAAUAACAAGAUUAGUGAACAGAGUCAACAUUUAGCCGUAGAUAAUAAGUACUUACCAACUAAUACUCAACAAACACAAAAUCCAAGCAAACCAGAUGUGCCUCAAGAUGAAUCAAAAAAGCAAUCAGAUAUAGUGAGUUGUAAUAUAGUUCCUCAACAUAUGAUUAAUAUACAAGCGGUUGUGACGUCUCCAACGUAUAUGCCCGUAGUGGCGUCUAUAUCUCUGUCAACGUCUUCUAAUGACACGUCUACUACGUCAACGAACGCAUCAAUUACGCCUCUUCCAUCUUCUAUUGAAAUGCCCGCGCCGCAGCCUCAAAGAAUAAGAGAACCCAGGGAACGAGUGCGGUCGGAGGAUAAGGAAAAAAUUGCCUUAAAACCCAAGGACCAAGAGCAAGAAACUCCCAAAUCCAACGGCCCUACUCCGGUUGAGAUUAGUUCAAUUGAUAGUUUGCUGAUACCUAUCAAUCCUUCAACUAGUCAAGUAAAUCAUAACUUUGGGACAGAGCUUACAAACAUAGUGAAACAAUUACCUGCUGAACCUGAGACUGAAACAUAUACUGCUGACAAGAAACCUGAGAUAGUGAUUAGCAGAGAAAAUACAUUCCCUGCCAAGUCUGCACCCACUGCCACUGAACUUUUAUCAGCAAGCAUUGAAAAGCUAGCUAAGGAACAACCAUUAGAAUCUGAAGACCAAUUAAAGGCAGAGUCUACUGCUAUUCAAGCCCAAGUAAAAUUAACCCAAGGAAUUGCAAGUGUAGCACGUAAUCAUCCUGAUUCUAAGAUGAGAGAUUUAAACCUCAAUAAUAAAACAGAACCAGAUACUGCCAAUGGAAAACCUACUGAAGUCACAAAGGCUGAGACAGUUAAUGAUGAAGUUUGCAAAAAUGAAAAAGAAAUAAAAAAUGCAAAAAAUAAUAAUAGAAAAUCAAGCAAAUCACCAACAAACGAGCAACAGGCAAACUUAGCCGAAUCCUAUGAAAAUGGAAAUGAUGAGACUGAUAAUAAAGUUAGUGAUGAGGUAGAAACUCCAAUAACUGCAGAAGAUGAUGAACAACCAGCCAACACAGAUACACCUUUGUUCAAAAUACCUGCAGUACCACCACCACCACUAGCAGCACCAGUAGCUGUUGCUCCAAAAUACAAAUACUCAGAUGAUCAAUGGUCACCUUUCAACAAAUCUGGCAAGAAAUCCUAUGACAUUGGUUUCCUGAUGCAAGUGAAAGAGAACCCACUCACAAAAGAUAAGCCCAAUAUACCAUUACUUGAUGCUUGCAAUAUAAUUAAGAGUACACCAAUUCAGGAACCAAUGACCUUCAAUACCAUCUCAAGACCUAUAAUUGAUUCUCUUCUACCCAACUAUGCGAAGAAUUCGGGUGUUGGUUCAAGGAGCAACACACCAAGGGAUCCAAAGAAAGAUGGAAGAAAUAUGCCACAGAGUGGUAAAGGCAGCAUGAAAUUGGCCGCUCAACCCAGUGGAAGUAGUGCACAUCGCCAAUAUAUUUCUAUAUCCCUGUCACGUGAAGAAGUAAAGCUGAACCAGUCCAAGGAUGCCUGGAGGCCCACUCGUUUCAAGAAGGGCAGCCUUACCGAGGAUGAGUUCAAAACUCAGGACCUGUACAAGAAGUUCCGUGGUAUCCUGAACAAGCUGACACCACAAAAAUUCGACACAUUGCUAGAUAAAGUAAAGGGUCUUGAGAUCAACACCCAGGCUCGCCUUCUGGGUGUGAUUGAUUUGGUGUUUGAGAAGGCUAUUGAAGAGCCCAAUUUUUCCGAAGCUUACGCCGCGAUGUGUAGCAAAUUGUCUAUGUUAAAGGUACCAUCUGACAAUGCUCCCGACCAAUGUGUCAAUUUCCGUGCACUCAUCAUUAGCAAAUGUCAGAACCAAUUCACCACUGACAAGGUGGAUGAAAAUGUGUUGAGAAUGGAGAAGGAGCUAGCUGAGAGUACUGAUCCUGCAAAGAAGAAAGAGAUUCAAGAUCAAUUAUCUGAAGAACAUAGGCGCAUCAGAAUGCGAUCUGUUGGAAAUGUUAGGUUUAUCGGUGAGCUGUAUAAAUUGAAAAUGCUAACGGCCAAAAUCAUGGUGUAUUGUAUGACAUAUUUGAUUGAUAAACUGGAAGAAGAGAAAUUGGAAUGCCUCUGCAAACUGCUUACCACAAUUGGAGAACAAGUUGAAAGCGAAGUGAAAGAACAGCUUGAGAGCGUGUUCAAGAGAAUGCAAGAAAUUGUUGAUCGUAAAUCCAACAAGAUCAGUAACCGAGUGCGCUUUAUGAUCCAAGAUGUUAUUGAUCUGCGACGGGGACGGUGGGUCACCAAGAAUGUGGUAGAUUCCCAACCCAAGAUGAUGGAUCAAAUACAGAAGGAAGCGGAACAGCACCAACGUAAUAUCGAGUUGAUGAAUGCAAAUCCUAUGGGUGGAUUCCGACGCGAGGAUAAUCGUGGCAAACGCGGUGGAGAAGGCAGGAGGCAAGGCUCCAACUCAUACAUGGAUAACCAGUGGAAGGCCCCACGCACUAGCUACACUGUUGACACUUCUAAACUUAAAGCUGUUACUCCAAAGAGCCUUAGUAAUAUAAAAUUAGCUCCAGCGUCUCCCUGGAGUCAUGGCUCAGGUGCCAAGAAUCCAGUCCAAACAAGUAGCAACUCAAUGAUCAGUCUGUCGAAAAAUAAGUACAGCAUGCUUGAUACGAUUCAAGGUGAUCCAACUUCACUCAACACCAACAAGGACAUCCCCGCAAGCUACCAUCAUCAUUCGAAGUCGAUCGAGAGAUCGACCUUCAAUUCCAGAGGUGAUUACAAUAACGAUAGCGGUGGUCGCCCUGGAUCAAUCGGAGUCCCGCGGUCGAACUCAAGCAGCAGAAGUACCACCCUCGCGCCUAAGCCUGCGCCAGAAGUCACGCCUGUUGUUCCAUUGGCCCAAGAACCAUUGCCUGAGCCUCAGCAGAAGGCUGUCAAAAUCCUCAUUAUGGAAUACCUCGUCAAUCUCAAUGAUGAAGAGUUCCUAUCUGACUUGAAGGAGAUACUCCCCCAGCAGUACCACGCCGCUGCUGUUACUGAGAUACUUAACAUUGCUUUAGAAAAGUCAGCAAAAGAUAUUAAUGUAAUAGCGAAAGCUAUGCAUCAUCUCGUUUCAAGUGGUGCCAUUUCUGGUAAAAAUAUCUUGACUGGUAUGUCUGAUAUUUUGGAGUGUGCACCCGAUUUGUACAUAGACAUCCCAAUGUUGUAUGAAUAUUUAGGCAAAUUUAUUGCACCACAAAUAGAAAAGAAGCAUAUCACAUUUGUACAGACAUUUAGUUUAUGUGAAAAUAUUAUAACAUCUAAUCAUGGCCACAUGUUCUUAAAACCUGUAAUUAGAGACUUAAAAGAAAGUAUGGGACCUUUCUUUGUAAAAACAAAGUGGCAAGAAUCUGGGCUAGAACUGAAGCAAUGGAUGAGUGAAGAACAGGUCCCCAAAUGGCUAGAAGAUAAUAAAUUUGAAUUCCUGGAGGGCGACACCGCUGUCGAAGAAACGAAGAAAAUCAUAACGCCAAACGAGACGCAGAGUAAACUCUUGCAGCUUAUGAAUGCCGAUGAGAACUGUGAUUGCAUACGAGGAUGGGUUCAGGAUAAUUUAGGCGUGUCAUCUAGAGAGAGCUGGUUCAUUCGCGCACUGAUCCAGGCGAUAUGCGAGCAUGCGCUAUUCGGUUCCGAAGGCCGCGACGUGCCACACUUCAGUCAGGAGCGCAUGAACAAAUUCGCGCCGCUCAUCAGCGAGUUCGGUGAAUCCCGUGAACAAAGGGAGGAGAGCUGUCUCUUCGGAAUUCAGCAGCUAAUAUACAGACUUCAACAUCCUCCAGGUUUAGCAUUAGAAAUAUUCCAAUUUUUACAUGAACAAUACAUUAUAUCCGUUGAAGGAUUCACUGCAUGGGAGGUAUCAGAAAUGGAGCCAGAAGGCAAAGGUGUGAUGUUGAAGGCGCUCACGUCAUUUUUCACGAACAUUAAAGAAGCAGACAACGAAGAGUCUUGUAGCGAGGACUGACGCGCCGCCACGGCGGGAGCGCUGCUCUCCGCGAUCAUAGUCGCCGCCCCGCGUCGCAACACCUUCUACCUUCUCAUUUACUAGCCCAGGCUUCCACUCGCGCACGCGAGUUGGCCCGCAGCACGCCCCGGCGUCCUGCUGACCGACUCGCGUGCGUGUAGUGUAAUUAAGUGCGAGUGCUUAUGAUGAUAGUGUCGUCCGUCGGUGGCGUACGAGACGUAACAUUUUCUGACAGACGCUAUUGCUGUUACUCAUUCAGAUGUCACACUAAAAUGUCAAAAUAGCAAGCAUGACAGCCAGCAAUCUAUUUAAAACUGAAAUACAAACUGUCACAAAAUAUUACGGCGCUCCUUCGGACAACAGACCCAUAAGCCUCGUUAAGCCCAUGCUCAGCCAGUACGGGAUUGGACUUGCAAAAGUUGGAAUUUUAAUGCUAAUGCUAGGGUACAACCCUUAGAAAAAUAAUCUACGAACCACUAUAUUGAAUGAAAUGUCUAAAAAACGAUGUUUCUUACAUUUAACUGACAUUAGUCGUACAGCAUAAAUUACAAAUCCACCUUUUGUUGAGCAAUGAUGUUUUUCAAUCCACACUGGCGGCAAAUAUAAAUAAAUAAACCCUUGAUAUGCAAUACAGUAAAGGCUAAACCAAGACGUCUGUGUUUGAGUGCGUAUUGUUAUUGUUUGCACGCCGUAUGCAAAUUUGCACACCACUGCCACAAGGCGUCUGAUGUUUACUUCUAAGUACAUGGCCUUUGCUUAAAAAGUAAUAUAAAGGGGUUAUUUUGAAAACGGUCAGUGAGAAGAUAAAUAAGCAAUAAAGAAUUUUAUAAAAGAACAACUAUGAAAGUUAGGAACUUGAUAGGGAAAUCGUUAAUGUUUGUAUCUUUUUAUUUUUGACUUGUUUCUUUUUGUAGAAUACUACCUACAAGAUGUGAACUCUCUUAAUAAUUCUCAAAAUUCAUAAGAAAAAGAGUAUCAAUUGGUAAUCAUAAUGUUAACAUUAUUUGUUUGAAGGGCAACAUGAGAAACCAACUAAAUUUUUCGGAUUAUAUUUAUUUUAAUACAUUAUUAUUAGAUGUCUUAUAAAUAAAUAAAUAUAUAUAUAUAUAUAUAUAUAUAUAUAUAUAUAUAUAUAUAUAUUGUAUUUGUGUACAUGUAUAUAAAUUCAUGUGUGAUGUUAAAGCAGAAUUCGCCGGUUACAAAAUUGAUAUUCUGACAAUAAUUGGUUAUAGAUGGCAGAAACAAAUAUCCCAACUUACGGUUUACUGACUUUCACUGACGUUAUCAAAAUGACGCGCCUGUAUAAUAUUGUUUUAAAUUUUAAUUAAUGCUAAAAUUUGCAUGUUAGAAAAAGUUGUAAAAUAUUCGUUAUGCUAUUAUUAUUCUACUAUCAAAUCGAAACAUUAUAGGAACUCCAUUUCGUUAGUAUUUUAAAAAUGAAAACUUUAACAAUUACAAUUUCUGGUUCACAAAAUAUGUAUCGUACAAAAAAUAUAUAUCAUUCUUAUUGUACUGCGAUUUCUGCGAUAUAUUAUUAGGAUAAUGCAUCAAAUUAUUGUAUUUACACGUCAUUUUAUAAAACUGUUGCUAUUAAUGCAAAUUCCAUAUGCCUUAAAAUAUAAAAUUAAAUUAAAACUAAAAAAAACGCAUGCUGCCAAAUUUAAAUAGAGUGUAUAUGACGACACGUUGGUACAGCGCGUGCGUAUCCCUAUUGCACUGGACUGGACACGGAUCUGCGUGAUUAACACGCCAAAACAUGGCUAAGAAAUGUACUUUUAAAAAAAUUGGCACCAUGUGCCUGUUCUCAGUAGGCUUUUUGGAGCGCAUAUAUAUUUAAAUACGAAACCUGUACGUUGCGAUUCGCCUCUGUGUCGAUGGUCGUAUUUUUGUGUUUGUCGUCUGCGUCAAAUAUUUUGCCGAAUAAUGAAUUCUAAUACGCAGAUCUACCGUCUAGUGCAGUUCAUCCUUGCGAAACGAGUGGUGAACCACGGUUGCGACCAGCGGACGUAUUGCCAAACGUUAAUGUACGUACGUUUAAAUGUAAAACGUAGACGCCUCAAUAUGGCUUACUUCUGUUGGAAACACCAAUCACCUAUAUCCACGCAAGGUAUCUAAGCUCCCUGCGCGCUUGUACUAGCGUGGCUUGUGCCUUAGUUAUAUCAUCUAUGUAUAAAUAUAGUAAUACCGCUGAUAAAAUAUGAACGAAUCCGCUUUAUAUUAUAUAAUAGAAAUUAUUGUAUUCAUAGAAUUACCAUAGAAGUUAAUAGUUAUAGAAUUUUUAGAAACUCCAAAUCAAAUGUCUGAUGCCAUCCCAACCAACCCAAUAUUGCUCAGAAUUAUUUAAGAUUAUUAAUUGGUAAAAACAAUAAAACACACAUGAAACAACAAUUGCUGACAGCUGAUGUUCAUAAUCCUUUAAUAUAAUAAAAAUAUACAACUUAAUAAUAAUUAUAAUAAUAAUCAUUAGUUAAUAUUAUUGAAAAUGGCAAAUUAGCUCUAUAAAGUUCAUGUUAUUUUGUAUAGAAAUAGACAGCUAUGCUAAUUAAAUAUAAAAAAAAAUACAAAAAAAGUUUUCCCAAUACACGGGUUUAGUUUCUCGGCAGUGAAGUUUUAAAAGGAACACCUUUAUUAUUUGCUUGACUGAUGUUGAAUACAAAUGCGCCGAGCAUGAAUUUUAAAAGUAAUGAAAUUGGUAGGUCCUUCGCAACGGGACAUCCUUUAGUUUCGAAAUUUGUGUAUAACAGAAUUGGUACCAUUUUAAAAUAUAUAAUUACAAAAAAGUUUUAAUAAAUAGGGUAGUUAAAUAUAAAUAGAUGAAGAAUAUUUCCAUCCAUAUGAUUUCAGUUUCUAUUUAUUUAAGUAUUUCUUAGUUGUCUUUUUUUCGCAAUGGAUUUAACUUGCAUCAUUUUAACGAAUUUUAACAAUUGAUUAUUAAUUUUAACUCAAUGGAAAAUAAUUAAAAUUCAUAAUUUAUAAUUUUUUUUUUAAUUUAUACAAUUUUAAACAGUUUUACAGAUAAUUUCUCAUCGUUUUUUGUCUCAAAUAUGUGAUGAGCUGCGCGACUCGCAUUGCUCGCUCCGCUACUGAGUUUUAUUUUAUUUUAUUUUAACUAUCUGUUAUUUGCAUGUAAAUAAA